CCAAUUUACGGUUGGAUGUUAGCAAGCUUUUGGCUGGCAGUAGAAUUGUUAACUUUGGGUAAUUUGUGGACAACAUUACCCCUAAGCAAGCAACUAUUUUCCAAUCUUUGCCCAACAAAGAACCACGAGGUCCACGACCAACCCCAUUCCAAACCACCCUUCUUUCUUCUCUUUCCCGCCGCUGCAAUCUCCAGUGAAUUCCAAGCUCUCGACAGUGAUAGCUUCAUAACGAGCAUCAGAUCAGAAAGGCUUUUCUUGACUGAACUGUCAAAACCAUUUGUAAGAAUGAAGCCAGUCCAAAAGAUGGAUUUCAACCCUGCAAAUGCAAUCUGGGAUCCUCAGAGCUUGGAAAAAUUUUUAUUUGCAAUAGAAGAUCCUGAGGUUUUAAAGGCACCACUUCUAAAAAGUUUAUAUUGCCUUCUCGUCUACUUAUUUUCAAAUUCAUCAUUGCAUUGCUCUAAUUUUGAGGCUUUAAAAGACUCAAAUGUUGGAAGUCAUCAGUUUGAUUUGAAAGUAACAUUUGCUGUUAUCUGUAAGCUCUCCAACUUCCUCUUCAAAGAACUCCAAAGGAGGUUUGAACAGUUGUUAUCUGGUUUGCUCGAUGUAUCUGUAAAUACAGCAACAGGCCAAGAUAAGGUUUUGAACCACCCAGAAGAUCUAACUAUGCUCUUAAGAUGCUGUCUAAUUAUCAUGCUCUUGCUAGUGUUUGACCAAAGUUUUCUUAUGGAAAAAUGCCAAAUUCUCCUUGUGGUACUUCGGAAAUUAUGCUCUCCAGAUCUGCUGUUACAUGUUUCCUGUCAUAUGAAAGGAAAUGAGAAAAGUACCAUUAGCUUAAAGAGAUCAGUUUCACAUGAGCGCAUUUAUGCCAGUGAUAAUAGUAUUAUCUCUGUUGUUGAGGAAUUAGAUGCUUCAAUGUCUUUUUCUGAGCAGAUUGGCAUGCCCAUUCCUAUUCUUUGCUCGAUGCUUGAGGUCUUUGCAGAUGAGCUUUUGGUGCAUAGACGUUUGAGACAAUAUUUUAUAGUCAUGGAUUCUGUUUCUUGCACGAGUGAGAAACUGUUUAUCUGUGAUAGUAGUCAUGGUGAUAGUGACGAUGUGUUGGAGGUGAUCUCUGCUCAUUUUCUUCUUUCAGUCUCUGGCAUGCAACCAUUUAACAAGUUCUUGAACACAUUAUUCUGGCUGGAUGACAAGGAACUCAGAUUUCCGGAACUGAGUUUGACAGCGGCUAUGGUAUUGCUUGGAACUCCCACAAUCUUUUCUGCACCACAAGUGUUCCAAGCACAUCUCAUUUCCUUGAUUGCUAGAGCAUUUGGCAUUAUCAUUGUUCCAGAGGAGACAAGAUUAAAUCCCAGAGCUAAGAAUUGCUAUAUCUCAGCAUUUGAGCAUUCAGUCAUCUUGUACAAUAGACAUAUUUCUAGUUUAGAAUUCGGCAGCCAUCAUUUUGGAAGUAAUAUUAGAUCGGUUGACAAACCAUGUACACUGGAAGGAGGGUGUCACCCAUCUUUUCAAUCUUAUGUUCGACCAAUCACAUAUAACAGAAUUAUUCAUGAAAUUCCCAAAUCAACUUUCUCUUGGCAUUUAGGUGUUCAUGAUUCUCACUCCAAAAUGACAUCUAGCAUGAUGAGUGCCUCUGUUGCAUACAUGGCAGAGAACCUGUGCAUUCUUGACAAUACAUGCAAAGAUGAGGCUUUCUCAAUUUUAAACUGCAUCAUAUCAAGGAUUCUUUCAAGUGAAAUUGUAUUUAACGUAUUGAAUAAAAAUGUAGAUGGAAGUUCAGAAAAAAUGUGUCUUCUUGCAUCUAUUCUAAAGUUAAUGAGCAGCUCAUUGCUGCAAAUUGUUUGGUAUCUGAAGCAAAAUGGAAAUUUAGGUUGUCUAAAAACAUUGAAAGAUUACCCUUCAUGUAGAGAAUAUGAUUUUAUAGUGGGUAAAGUUGGUUGCUUUCAACAGUACAGUGUCAGUCAGCCAAUCCAACAUGUCUUUUCUGAUGCAAGGGGAGCAGACCCAGGAAGACAUAAGGAGUCAAUGGCGAUGCUCAUGCACAUGGCAGAGUUGCUGUUAUUUAGUUUUAGUACUGGACUAGAAUUCUUGUGGAAGAGUUGCAUAUUCAUGAUGAUGGCAAUUAUGAAUCUAAUAAUUUUUGAAGAGGGUAAUCUGGAUGCAUUGAGGCCAUUGCUUGGCUUUGAAAAGGAAUCUGCUCAGCCUUCUCUUGAUAAAUCUCCAAAGGUUCUAAUAGAAAGAAGUUCUAGCGCCCUAGUUGCAUGGAAAUUUCAAAAAAUUAAGACGAUGCGCUUGAGAUCAAAGACUCUCACAAGAUACAAUGCAGAAGCACAAGAUGUCCAAUCUGAAACUUUGGAAAAUACACUGGUCCUUGGGGAUGUGGAGUCUCAGUGUGUUCUUGGCAUGGAAGAAGAAGAUACCUGCAAUGGUUCAAAUUUUAUCAAAAUCAUACGAGGUGGCCAUCCAACAUCUGAUUUUGAUGAUUUGGUUGAUUUCAUUGAGUGCAAACAAGGAAAAGAUUAUUCCAAGUGGUUGAAGGAUCGAGAAAGGUAUCGGAAGUGGAAAUGUGAGAAAGUGGCAGCUGCAAGGCACAAAAGAAAGAAAACAUUGCAGAAGUUUCUGACUGGAAAAUGAAUACAGAAUAUUGUUCUGUACUUCUUUUUGCAGAUUUCUAUUUGUAUAGAAAACUUGUGUAGUGACCAAUCAUGUAUGAGAUAAUCAAAACUUCUCAGAAAACCCCAUUUUUCUUUGUUGUUGUAUCUUUAAGACCCAGAUUCUAAUCAGAUUCUGUUGACAACAUACGUAGGGUUGCAGGUUUUUAACCGAUUUAGAGUGUUUACAUACAUGCCCUUUUGUCUGAAUACUAAAAAUAACCAAUGGAUGUUGCUCAUACACAACUUCAUUUUUACUGUCAUUCUGGGUCUGGGCCCUGGUGGCCUGGUGGGUUACUACAUCCAACUAAAUAGACUCCUUAAUUUGGAUGACUGUCAUUGCUACUUAGUACUUACUAGUGGAAGAGUCUUCCCCACUCACAUUGUCUGAUAUCUCUUUGUUAACAGAUUAAACGGUAAAGCUCAGCAUGAGAGUGGGCUUAGCUUUGGACUUCGAUUGUACUGGCUCUUGGGCCCAUAUUAAUUGUAACCUUUUUUUAUGGGCGAGGCCCAAGCCUAAUCAGAGGUCAUAGGAUAGCCUUGAUGACACAAAGUUGGCCCAGUUCUCGCUUUAUGCUCCAUCCUUAUAAGUGAUGUCGCCGGGAAGAAGAAGAUGAGGGAGAUCAGAAGAGGAGGAAAGCGGUAGAAGAGCGGUGGCAGGAUGAGUAAUAAGAGAGUAAUGUCAAGGGAGAAAAAUAGAGACAAGGACGAGGUGGAGGAGCUGCUCCGAGCGGCGGAGGAGGAGAUGCUUCUUAAACUCAGCGUCAACUCUCACAUGGCACGUGCCUCCUCCUCUCCUCUCGACCGAGAUCUCGCCCAUCGAUUCGAGGCCCUCAAAAAGCCCUCUGCGCCUCCCGGAAUUACGAAGGUACGACUGCCGCCGAAGCAGCCGAUCGUGAAAACCAAAGAGGACGACGAAUUAAAUAGGAUUCUCGGAGCCGAUCUCUCCGCUAGAUUUGGCGCUCUCAAGGGUUCCUCUUCUUCUGUUACAGAAUCUCAAAUGAGUUCGGUGAGAUCCGACGGUGGUGAUGGCGUUGAUGACAAGGAAGACGACGAGGACGAGGAUGGGGCUUCUAAGAGUGAGGUAGAGAAACUGAUACAGUGGGCCAUGGACGCAGCUCGUCUCGAUCCGUCUCGGUCCGAUGACGAUGAGGAGGAAGAAGAAGAGGAAGAUGACAACGACGAAGAUAAAAGGGGGAAA